CGGGCCGCCGCCGCCGCUCCCCGUUGCGCACGCCCGUUGCGCUGCUGUGCCGUGCCGAGCCGUGCUAAGAGCCGUGCCGAGCCGUGCUGAGAGCCGUGCCGUGCCGGGCCAGCCCUGCGCAUUGUGGCUCCGCCGGCGGGGGGCGAAGAUGGCCGAGAAGCAGAAGCACGACGGGCGGGUGAAGAUCGGCCACUACGUGCUGGGCGACACGCUGGGGGUCGGCACCUUCGGCAAAGUCAAGAUUGGCGAACACCAGCUGACAGGGCACAAAGUGGCAGUAAAAAUACUAAACAGACAGAAAAUACGCAGCCUGGAUGUGGUUGGGAAGAUCAAACGAGAAAUUCAAAACUUGAAACUCUUCCGGCACCCUCAUAUUAUCAAACUGUACCAGGUCAUCAGCACACCAACAGACUUCUUCAUGGUCAUGGAAUAUGUAUCUGGCGGAGAAUUAUUUGAUUACAUCUGUAAGCAUGGACGUGUUGAAGAGGCAGAGGCUCGACGCCUUUUCCAGCAGAUUCUCUCCGCAGUGGAUUACUGUCACCGACACAUGGUUGUCCACCGAGACCUGAAACCGGAGAACGUGCUGCUGGACGCACACAUGAAUGCGAAGAUAGCUGAUUUUGGAUUGUCCAACAUGAUGUCAGAUGGUGAAUUUCUUCGCACCAGCUGUGGUUCCCCAAAUUAUGCAGCCCCUGAAGUCAUCUCUGGAAGGCUGUACGCCGGCCCGGAGGUGGACAUCUGGAGCUGUGGCGUUAUCCUCUACGCCCUUCUCUGCGGCACGCUGCCCUUCGAUGACGAGCACGUCCCCACGCUCUUCAAGAAGAUCCGGGGAGGUGUGUUUUACAUCCCCGAGUACCUCAACCGCUCUGUUGCCACGCUGCUCAUGCACAUGCUGCAGGUUGACCCCCUCAAGCGAGCAACCAUCAAGGACAUCAGGGAACACGAAUGGUUUAAGGAAGAGCUGCCCAGUUACCUCUUCCCAGAGGACCCUUCCUACGACGCCACCGUCAUUGACGACGACGCAGUUCGGGAGGUCUGUGAGAAAUUUGAAUGCACGGAGUCAGAGGUGAUGAACAGCCUGUACAGUGGUGACCCGCAGGACCAGCUGGCAGUCGCCUACCACCUUGUCAUCGACAACCGGAGGAUCAUGAACCAAGCCAGCGAGUUCUACCUCGCCUCCAGUCCCCCCACUGGCUCCUUCAUGGAUGACAGCACCAUGCACAUCCCUCCUGGCGUGAAGCCGCACCCCGAGCGGAUGCCACCUUUGAUAGCGGACAGCCCCAAGGCACGGUGCCCUUUGGAUGCACUCAACACCACAAAGCCCAAACCCCUGACUGUCAAAAAGGCCAAGUGGCAUCUGGGGAUCCGCAGCCAGAGCAAGCCCUAUGACAUUAUGGCCGAGGUGUACCGCGCUAUGAAACAGCUGGAUUUUGAGUGGAAGGUGGUGAACUCCUACCAUCUCAGAGUGCGCAGAAAGAACCCGGUGACGGGCAACUACGUGAAAAUGAGUCUGCAGCUCUACCAGGUGGACAACCGCAGCUAUCUCCUGGACUUCAAAAGCAUUGAUGACGAGGUGAUGGAACAGAGGUCUGGCUCAUCCACCCCACAGCGCUCGUGCUCUGCUGCAGGCUUGCACCGGCCGAGACUGAGCAUUGAUGCCGCAGCAGCCACCGAGUGCCAGUCGCUGAUGGGGUCCCUGAGCGGCUCCUUCGUGGGCAGCAUCCCCUCGGUGCCCCCGCGCCUGGGCAGCCACACCAUGGACUUCUUCGAGAUGUGCGCCAGCCUGAUCAUGGCUCUGGCUCGCUGAGCCAGGCACCGCUCCCCCAGCACACGGUAUCGCACUGUGAGGAUCGGGUCUGACGUGGCCGUUCCUUCUUUCUUCUUCUUCCUUCGUCCUCCUCACCGCUCCAUAGCCUGCGACACAGAACCAAUUCCUUUUUUAAAAGAUCCAAAAUGUACUCCUUUGUACUCUCAAAGGAUCCAGUCCCCUCUAACAAGGCAUUGAGGAAAUCAGGAAUAACUUAAUUUCACUCAUUAGACCUGGGUGAAAUGUAUACAGUGAACUUUUCCUUGUGAACCAAAUGGGAAACAUGGGCAUGGCUUUAAAGUAGCAAACAUAUCACUGACUUUUUGGUAGACACCUUCCUCCUGGUUGAUCCUGAAUUUACAGAGCUGUGGCCAAGCAUCUCUUUCUACGACACACACAGUGUGCAGCGAGGUUCAUGUCGAAACCCCGGUGCUGCUCCAAGCAGGGGGAGGAUGUGAGCCUCUGGCAAUGCUUUUCUCCUAAAUCCAGCAGCUGCUGAAGUGCUCCUGCAGCAGGAGCACUUCUACCCUGUGUUCUUUUUCCCCUACUAAAGAAGGGUGAGGGGUGGGAUGUGCAAAGCUCCCAUUGCAGAUGUGGGACAGGAUGCUCCCGAGCCCCCCCAAAUCCAGCACUUUGUCCUCAAUAUUCUCGUGGAGGGGGAGCUUCCCUGCACACUCGAGAGCCAGCAGCAUGGCCCUGGCACAUUUACCUCUCACCUUUCCCGUAGGAAGCUUUUGGCCAUCGUCACCACCCCAAAACCUCUGCCAAAGCCGCCUGCCUUCGCCCACCGGAGGAUCUGAGAACAAAGAGCUCUGCUGUCCUGAUGCUGAAGGGGCUGGGACCUCGCCGCUCCACGGAGAAGGCAGGGAUAUCUUGAACAUUUCACUGUUCCUUUACUAUCUGAAGGAUAGGAUUUUAUACUUUCAGACAAACUGUGGGGAUUUUUAAGGUUAAAAUUCUUGUUAUUUGAGGGUAAAGUCUAGUGCACGUGUGACGACUUCUUUGUUUAAAAGAGUUACUACUUCUCAUCGCGUAGGCUUAAUCUCAUGGACAGCGUUGGCAUCUGCUUGGCUUUGCUAUGGUAUUUAAUUCCAUUUACUUGAUUGCGAAGGAACAUAAUAGGCUAAUCAGUCAAGGGACAAAUGCUUUAUGAAAAGUUUGCCAAAAAAUCCUGGGUGUUUUUUUUUUUUUUCAUACUUUUUUUUUGUUUUGUUUUAAGAAAACAAAGGAGAACCAAUGUUACUGGUCCCAGGAAUUUGGUCGUUUGAUGUUAAAAAAAACAAAACAAAACAAUUUUUUUGAUAGCUUCUUAUGACCCUAGAUGGUUUUUGCUAGGAAUUGUUUUUUUUGUACAGUUGCACUUUAAUUUAUACUUUCUGAAAGUUUCUACGAGAAGCAAGGAAGAGAAAGACACGUUCAGCCUUUUGUACUAAUCAUUUUAGGUAAUGAAGACAAAUACAGGAUAUUUUUGCCAUCUACUGGCAGUUAAGUGGACGUUUUCAACUUGAAGUCCCUUUUUUUAACAAACACAAAAUUGCCUUACUUUUGUUACAGAUUACAUUUUGAUUCUCACUAGUGUGAAUUUCCAGCUCUGUUUUUUCCAGAAGCCGCACAAAGUAGAAAGCUGCCAAAAACCCAUCCGUUUUGCUGUUAAGUUCUCAUAUGCAGAAUCCAACACGGCAGUGUUUGGAUUACAAACCUGACAGCAGAACAAUUUUGUUUUUAAAGGAAACACUGGAAAUAUUUGUAGUACUCCUAGGUUUUGUAAUAAGCUUUUAUUAUAUUAUCCUUAUGAAAUAAAAUACUCUGGGGUGAGGGAUGGCUUUGACAGUGUGCCUGGUGGCUAUCAGGUGAUGCAUAUCUCCUGUGCUCCAGUAUAAGAAAGAACAGAGAAUACAGAAGCCUUCAUACAAAACAAAACAAAAGAAAAAGCCCUAGAGCCAAAUCUGGCCAGCAUGUUGCUCCUUAGGAGCUUUUGGAUCAGUGCUGAGAUGCCAGUAAAUGUUAGGCAAAGAGACCUGGAUGUUUUAGGUGCUGGAGAUAAGCUCCUCAGAAAGGAGCAGGACAGGGUGGCCAAGUGGCUGCAGGAACAGACAGGAAUUCCCAUCUAGGAAACAAUUAGGAAUCUCCGUGUCCCUGCUGUGAAGUAUAUUUGAAAUGUAAGAGGCUGUUUAAGUCAUCACUCACAAUUUAGCAUCUUGCCAAGGCACUUGUCCUGGAAACAACUGUGGCCCAGCUGAUAAUGGGCUCGUGCAUUAGAUGUAAUCUGUAGUUCAGAGGUGUGUAGAUGUACUGAUGUCUCGCCUUACACUUGUCCUCUGGGAUUUCCUAUCCAGCAGGACUAGUAGUGCUAAGCAGCAGCACGUUCCCUAAGGAAGCAAUACUUGCUUCCUGGAGGCACGUGGGAUUUCUAGCUGGUAGGAUAAGACCUUGUGGCACUUCGCAUCUUCUCAGACCCAUGCAAACAUUAACUAAAUGUAUGGGUCUGCAACACCAGUCCUGCCAAAAAGGCAACAAGAGUGUCUCAGGUUUCCAUAUGGAGAAAAGCAAAGAGACGAAGCUACUUUCAGCAGAGGCAUUGAAGCAAGUAGGUCAAGGUGGUUAGCACGUAGAGCUCCAGCCCAGAGCUGGUGGAAGGACCUCCUCAGCGAACAGAUGAGAUGAAACUCUCCAUUAAACAGCCUUACCUAAAUCCAUGCUGCAUUUGGAGAUGUUCUGAGAAGAUUCAUCAUUUUUAUUUUUAAUUUUUUUAACCCUCGAAUAGGCUGUUUUCUGGUUCCCAGAAGCGAAGAAACUACUGACCUCCAGUUAUGCUUUCUGGAGGCAAAGUUUAACUUUUACACUGUUACACUGUGGUCUGAUGUUUGAGUUAUACUGGUACAUGCACGACUAUUAGGAAAAGCAGGGUAGAUGUAUUUGAACUAAACAAACUUGAAUUCCUCCAAGUGCAAUUCUUCAUAAGCCACUGGACAGCUGUGCUUUGCAAGCCACAGAUUCACCCGAACAUUGCUUCAGCCCAGCCGGGAGAGAGACACCAUGCAGAGGUCAGUUAGGCUCCAGCAUUAACCUCCAGCUCCUGGGUGAGUUAAUUCAGAAAUAGCUUGUAAUGUACUAGUUGGCAAACAUAUAUAUGUGUAUAUUAUAUGGGUAGGGGCAGUUUGGUUCUCAGGAGUUGGAGCUAAUCAGGCAAAGGCAGCGGGAGGUUUUAGUUUAAUAAGUUAGAAGUGCACAUGCAGCAUGUGUGUCGAGUUCAGCUUUUCAGAAGGUGUGUACAAGCACAGGGAUGUGGGCAGUGGUGUAAAAAAUGAAGCAACUGGUUCGUAUCUGUUGUAUAUACAUUUUUUUUGUGUGAUUACAAUGCCAAAUCAUAUCAGAAUAGAUGAAGUCUGAACAAAGUAACCGUUCUGUCUACUCCGUUUCAUUUUACUGCUCUUUACCAUCAGUCUUUUGUGCACCCAUGUAGAAGGAAGAGAGACCCUAGCACAGGACAUGAAAUCGUGCCUUCAACACACAUUAGGACUGCUGGAAACUGCAGCUUUAUUUCCCGAGGUGCACAAAUCUCGCAGCUCACGCAGAAUCAUACCGGUGAGACAUGCAGGCCAUGUUCCUGAAAACUUGAAGUAUCAUUUGUUGUGCAGGUUUUUUUUGUUUUUGUUUUUGUAUUGGUUCAGAGAGGGAUGGGGGGAAGAAUCUCACAUCCGUCCCUUCAGGUGAGCCAAACAAAUCCCUGCUCCAGCUUCUGUAUUGUUGUAUUCUAAAGUUUUAGGAUUCAUUUUUGUGCAACUAUUUACAGCCACCUUUCUUAAGGUCUUACUUUGAUAUGGGCUCUCCACUUCGUGCUUUCCAUAGGCUUCCUGAGUCCUUCCCUCAUUGAUUUCUCUUCACCAUUUACUUACAAAAAGGCAACAGCUUCCUAUAAUUCUGAAUUUCCAGUCUGCCUCUUGGGACAUGGAUUUAAAGGUUCAUUCAGAGGUUUCUCUCUCCAUGCCUGAAAGAUGAACUGAUUUUCAGAACUCAUACAUUAUUCCUGUUGACCAAACACUGACUUUUGCAGCAGAACUGAUGCUGCACAUACGUAAUGCACUUAUCUUUGCUAGUUUUAAGCAUCAAAAUUAGACAGUCAGUCAGAACUAUGGAUUCAAAGCAUGUUUAGUGUUACAGAAACAGUCUGUUUCCAACAAAAAGCCUUGAAAUUCUUGCUGAAGCUGCCUUAAUUUAAAAAAAAUAUAUUUGUAAGACUCAUCUCUAAGUUUUUUUUUUUUAUCCAAGUUUUGAAAUAGUUUAUUUAUCCUCAUCUCACGAAGCUGUGAAGUAGAUACUGUAGACGUGGUAACAUUUAUUCUUGUUGCUGAAAGCAUGUUCAUGUGUUCUGUAUCAUGUUAUAUUCAUGUGUUUUGUACCUCAAUGCAUUUGUUUUUUUCUUUUAGAGUGCAAAGCAAAACUGAAUCCCAGGACAACUGUAGUACCCAUGGCCCAGCAUCUCUGGGCAGACAAUCCUCACCUCUGAGAUAGGAACCAGACUAGCCCAUAGCAAGGUUUUGUUUGGAUUAUAAAGAAUAUUUAUGAUUUUUCUUCUGUUAAGAUGCUGAAUUUUAAAAACCUCUGAGUAUAAGCAUCUCUUCCAAUAUAUAAUUAACAUGAAGCUCAGAAGAGAAUACGGAGUUCUAUGACUACUCCAUCCUUCUUGACAUUAUGUACUUUGUCAACUGAUUGGGAAGGUUGUGUUGACUGGUUCAUUGAAAUUGAGAUUUAUUUCUAGGUAUAGUCUUUGUGGAAGGGCACAGAGUUUGGGUUCAGUUUUGGCCUUUGUGCAAGUAACUGUGCAUUAGGUAAUCACAAAGAAGCCUUUUACCUUCUGUUGAUGGUGUGGAAAGUGGUUCUCAGUGUACUGCACUGCAUGUGAUAGCUGUUUCCAUGGUUGACAUUUGCACUUUAAUAAACUCAGAGACAAAAAAAAACAAACAAAAA